UCUUAUCCAUGAACACAAUUGGUUCUGAAAUCGACUGGCAUGGCUGGCAAUGGCGGGGAAGGGCAAUGAGUAGUAUUCAAGAUCUCAAAAGGAACUUUUGUGAUCAGACAAACGUGCUCUAGGAAAUAACGAGGGACACUUUUCCAAAUAAGUCCAUACAACAGCUCACAAGUAAACUAUUUUGUUUUACUCGCAUGAAUUGACAUUUCCAGAUGCUAUUUUUGCGUUGAUAUGCUUCGAAUCCCGUCGUAGUGUCAUCUAUGUUGCAUAAUCGUAAGCGCCCCUGAACGCACCUCUACUUCGCUAUUCGAAUCGCUCAGUGCCAGCGCCAGCGGUAAGCGCUUCUAAACCCAAACAAACGUCCACAGCGACUCUCACAGCCGACGAAGUUUGAAUAGAGUGAUACCUCUCCGUGACCGUAGUAUGGUUUGUUCCUGUACUGAAAGUUCAACAAGAUCAAGAUAAUAAUUGCCCUGGGCUCCAGCGAGGACUGACCCCCGGCCACUCGCACCAACACUGGUUCCCAAAGGGAGGAUCGGAUAUAGGCGCCCAUGCUUGGCUUCUCCCCUGGUUUGCCUUUCUCUAGAAGAGAAACCGCAGGUUUUGCUCUUAUUCUGCAAGUUACCUGGCUGCGUUGGUCCUAACCAUUGAACAUAGAGGCAUCACAUGUGUCCUAUGAUCCCUGACGCCUCGCGAGGGACCUGACCGUUCUGCAGCUCCAGCUUGUCUGAUCUAUGAAAUCUGAACUGCUGCACUCUUCUGGGUGGAUCGGAUACCACAGGGCCGUGGAGCGAGCGUUUAACCGAUGUGAAUGUAAAGCGCCUCACGUCAGACGAGGCAUUAUAAUGUAUCGGCCCACAGGAAACCAGUUCCACUAACCCCAGACGCAAGAUGACGGCGAUGUAACGGCGGCUCUGGCUACCUCUCCUGUCAUGUGACCGCAAGACCCGGAGCUUUCUUUUCUUUAUCCCCGGGGCCGCCCCUUUUCAAUCAGCCAAUGAGGUGAGCCGUGGUCGUCCAUCGGUGAUCUCCAUCCUAACGGAAAGACUGUCCUCCAACCUGUCUCCCUUUUUUUUUUUUUCCUUUUUGUGUUUGGCUGGAUCUCACAAUGCCUCGUUAGGAGAGCGGGCGACCAGAGUCUGGCACGCUUGGUGGCAGGAGAAGACUCUCCCCCUACACUCUCCUCUCCUCCCCUGCCCCCCCUCCCCCUCCCUCUCCCUGGCUGGUGGCCAUAGCAAAGCCCCCUGCAGGGCUCUGUUCUGGUGUAACGAGCCUCCAGUCCAUUUCCAUACAACCCAAAUCACCAAAGGCCUGAAGGAGCAGCCAGCGACUGGCUGACAUGAGUUAGGGCUCCUUCCCACCGGGACCACCUCGCCACAACGCUAGCGCUCACACACCACGCCAAAAAGAAACAAAUCACCUUUGGAUAUAUCAAUCAGAAGAAAAAGAACGCACUUGCAAUCAGGCACUUCCGGAACCGUUGGACAUCUCUGCUCCUUGAGCCGCCCCCCCAGGCCCACUUCCUCUGGAGCCCCGUUCCAGAUCAUUCCCGCGGAGCCUUCCCGACCAGACUUCAGGAGCUCCACCCUGGACGUUGGGGUCUGCCUCUUGGGGAAGGGGCUGUGUUGUCCUGGAGGAGUCGGGACAGAGCAGUCGGAGGUUGGGUGUUCCUCGCCAGUCGGCGCACGCGCUCUGAGGGGAGUCGGCCGCGGCCCUCGGGAUCAAGCCCCGCAGCAGCAGCAGCGCCGGGGGCGGGCAGAGGACUUCAGAGCCACAGACUCUGGGAUCCUGGCCAUGAGGUUUGACGCCUCGAUCCACUGACCGGAAACACUGGACCUCAAUGGCGCAGCAUGACUUUGUCCCUGCCUGGCUUAACUUCUCCACGCCCCAGCCCGCCAAGUCCUCCAGCCAUGAGCCGCAGGGCGAGCCCCAGCAGCGCGGCGGUCGGGGGCCCGCCAGCCGCCGGCGCCACAACUCCUCUGACGGCUUCUUCAACAACGGACCGCUGAGGGCGCCUGCAGGCGACGGCUGGCAGCCCCCCUCCCUGCUCCUGAGGCAUGACUCGGUGGACUCGGGCGUGGCCAAGGGCGGGCACGGCGGGCUGGCGGGGGGGUCGUGCUGGAAGGAGGCGCCCGGCUGGCACGGCGCCCCCCGGGGGGGCCAGGACGCCCACCACCCCCCGGGACGGCACCCCAAGCGGGUGGGGGGGGAGCGGGACAGGCAGGGGGGGCACCGACAGCGCAACGGCAACUUCCACCCCCGCAAGGGCGCCGCGUUCCAGGACAAGUUCCCCGGCGAGGAACGCAAGGAGGACAAGCUCAAGUUCGUGGAGGAGGACUUCCCCUCCCUCAACCCUGAAACAACUGGAAAACCCGGACCCCAGGUCAGGGCCCCGGCCCCCCACGCUGGAGUCUGGGAGAACCCCCCGAGUGGGAAGCAGAUGGUCUCCAAGAUGCUGGUGAUCAAGAAGGUCUCCAAGGAGGACCCCAGCACGGCCUUCCUGGCGGGCUUCGCCGUGGCCGGGGCCCUCUCCACCAACGGCAGCAAGAGCCCCAUGCUGGGCUCCAGCGUGUACAAGAACCUGCUGCCCAAGCCCGCCGCGGCCCCCACCAAGACUCAGUGGAAGGCGGGCGGGAGGGAGGGCAACAAACCGGGCCCCCACCUGGGGGGGCGGGAAGCCCUGUUCACCAGCCCUGUGUCCGCCCCCAAAGCCCCCCCGAGCACGGCCCCCCACAGCACCCCCAAAGAGCAGCAGCCCUCCAGCACCACCCCCCCCAUCGACAUCGUGCCGUCCCGGCUGAAGCUGAUGCGCCGGGGGCCCGACCGCAAGAGCGAGUUCCUGCGGGCGCUGAAGGACGAGGGCCCCGGGGACACCACCACCAGCAGCAGCAGCCCCGGCACCUCGGGAGAGGGGGACGGCGGCACGCCGGAGCCCAAGGCCGACAGCGAGGAGGGGGCCGCCCACGAGAACGGCCUGGCCUACUCCCUCAGCGACUCGGACACGGAGCACCUGUCCAGCUCCCUGGAGGCGGAGCACAGGUUGCUGAAGUCCAUGGGCUGGCAGGAAUGUCCCGAGAACGAUGACAACUUCCUGCCUCUGACCGAGGACGAGCUCCGAGAGUUCCAGACGAAAACUGAGCAGCUGAAGAGGGGCGGGCUCCAGAGGAACGGGGUGCUGCCGCGGCCGCGGGGGGUGACCCUCCACUUCACCCCCUGGAGGAGUGAGCCGCACGUGGACGAGGAGGACGAGGACGAAGGCUCCGAGACCAGUAGCAGCAGCCAGACCUCCGACGACGAGGGCGGAGUCAGGCCCUGAGGUGGGCGGAGUCAGGCCCCGAGGUGGGCGGAGUCAGGCCCCUGGCAACGCCUCACGGAACUAAACGAUGAGAAAGAUUUAAAAAAAACAAAAACAUAAACCACCACAUCACCACCGAAUACAACAAAGGAAACAAGAGAAAACAACGACAACAAAACAGCCCAGCAAGCAACGCCCCCCCCUGCCCCCCUGCCCACCU